UCCACCGUCGAUUCGUCGAAGUGUCGAACUCCACGGCGCCGCCUCCGGCGACUCCCUCCGCCCCUCCCACCGGAAAACGCGACCUCGCCGAGUCUGUUUGCCGUCUACGCCUGACGCCUCCUCCGCCGAAUUAAGGAACAAGAGAUAAAAGUGCAUCUUUUAGGAUUCAAGCGUGUUGAUCUGAAAUUUGUUUGAAGUGAAGCUAUUCAAAUUUCAAGCGUUCAUCAUGCUUCCUAGAAAGUAUAGUUCUGGAUAUGAAAAAAGAAAAAAGAAACAAAAAUUGGAAAAAUUGGAAAAGUCUCAAGCAGGAGCGCUAGAUAAGUUUUUUAGUAGUAGACAUACAGAGCAUGAUAACGAAGAACAUAAUAAUGAAGAAAAUCAAAAUGAAGAACAGAAAAAUGAUAUGAAUAUUGAAGAACCUACUGAACACAAUAUGAAUAUUGAAGAACCUGCAGAAGAUGAUAGAAACAUUGAGGAACCUACUCAACUUAGGAUUGAGAGUGUCAAUGAAAACAUGAAUGUUGACGAUCCAGCAAAUUGGGGUAAUAUUGAUCAAAAAUUGAGAGAUCUUUUAGUAGAAAGAGGACCCAAAAGAGUUGUUAUUGAUUUUCCUAAAGAUAUUGAAGGCAGACAUUUCUCUUCCACUCAUUACACUCGACAAUGGUUAAAUGGAGAGAAACAUGAUAGGAGAUGGCUAAUAUAUUCAACUUCUUUGAAUGUGGUAUUUUGCUUUUGUUGCAAAUUAUUUAGAAAAGAUGGAAACAAGAAUCAAAUGGGUUCUUUGGUUAAUGAAGGAUUUAAAAAUUGGAAGAAUCUUAGUCAUAGACUUCAAAGUCAUGAAGGGAGUAGUGAGCACAUAAGUUGCAUGAGAAGUUGGAUUGAAUUGGAAAUGAGAUUGCGUAGUAUUGAAACAAUUGAUAAAAGUGUGCAAGAAAUAUUAAACAAAGAGAGAGAACAUUGGAGACAAGUAUUAUUAAGAAUAGUUGCUGUUGUAAAAACACUUGCUAAAAAUGGUUUAGCAUUUCGUGGGGAUAAUGAGAAGAUUUAUCAAGAGAACAAUGGAAAUUUUUUAAGUUUAAUUGAAAUGAUUGCCGAAUUUGAUCCGGUAAUGAAAGAGCAUAUUCGACGUUAUCAAAGUGGUGAAUCUCAUAAGCAUUAUCUCAGUCAUAAAAUUCAAAAUGAACUGAUAGGAAUGUUAGCGGGAGAGAUUAAACAUACAAUGAUCAAAAUAAUUAAAGAAGCAAAAUAUUUUGCUGUUAUACUAGAUUGUACUCCAGAUAUAAGCCAUGAAGAACAAAUGACUCUUAUAAUAAGAUGUGUGGAUGUUUCAGAAAGUCCAGUAAAGGUAGAAGAGUUCUUUCUAGAAUUUCUUAAGGCCGACGACACGUCAGGACUGGGACUUUUUAGUGAACUUGAAGAUGUAUUGAAGAUUCUGGAACUUGACAUUUCUAAUGUAAGAGGACAAGGGUAUGACAAUGGAUCUAAUAUGAAAGGAAAAAAUAAAGGUGUGCAGAAAAGACUCCUCGAAGUAAAUCCUAGAGCAUUCUAUACUCCAUGUGGUUGUCAUAGUCUUAACCUCGCACUUUGUGAUAUGGCAAACUCUUGUCCGAAAGCUAUAUCUUUUUUUGGAGUGAUACAACGUUUAUAUACUUUGUUUUCAUCUUCUACUAAGCGGUGGGAUAUUUUCAAAGAACAUGUUUCUGGUCUCACACUUAAGCCAUUGUCACAAACACGGUGGGAAAGUCAUGUUGAAAGUGUAAGAGCAGUAAGAUUUCAAGCUACAGAAAUAAGAGAUGCUUUAAUUCACUUGGCAAGUAUCGAUGGAGAUCCAAAAAUAAAGAGUGAAGCUGAGUCCUUAGCAACAAAUGAAAUGGAGAAUUUUGAGUUCUUAUUGGGUAUGAUUGUUUGGCACAAUUUAUUAUUUGCUGUUAAUUCUGUUAGCAAAUUUUUGCAAAAGGAAGACAUGCAAAUUGAUAUUGCUAUAGAUCAAUUGAAUGGGCUUAUAUUAUUUUUUGAAAAGUACAGAGAAAAUGGAUUUAAGGAGGCCAUUACUGAAGCUAAAAAGGUUGCAUCUGAAAUGGAAAUUGAAGCUGUAUUUCGUGAAAAGCGUAUCAUUCGCAAGAAGAGGAAAUUUGAUGAAUGUGCUACCGAAGAGACAAUAUUAUCUCCUGAAGAAUCAUUUAGAGUUAAAUACUUUCUAUAUAUAGUGGAUCAAGCUAUUUCUUCUCUUAAGAGUAGGUUUGAACAAUUUCGGCAUUAUGAAGAAGUCUUUGGGUUUUUAUUUGAUUUGAAGAAAUUCAGCAUUGUUGAUGAUGCUAGUUUGAAGGCUUAUUGUGCGAAACUUGAAGAAUCUUUAAAGCAUGACAGUCAUUUUGAUAUUGAUGGCGAAGAUUUAUUUUUAGAAAUAUUGUUGACCAUACCUGUUACUGUUGCCUCUGCAGAAAGAAGCUUUUCAAAGUUAAAGUUGAUCAAAUCUUAUCUUCGAUCAACUAUGUCACAAGAAAGAUUGAACGGCUUAGCUUUACUGUCAAUUGAGAAAAAUGUAGUGGAGAAACUUGAUUAUACAAGUUUAAUUAAUGAUUUUGCAUCUAAAAAUGCAAGAAGAGGCUUCAUAAAGUGA